AUGGCUGCGACAGGCUCCCAAACGCCGAGCCAAGAGCACGACAGACAGCUCGGCUCGGCUGCCACAAUAUCAUAUGCAGGAGCAAGUCCUUCUGCCGCCGCAUUGCAGGCGCUCGAGCAGUACAAGAAGAAGGACUCGUCCAAAGUCGUCGUGCGCUUCAAGGCGAUCGGCAACGCUCCCAUCAUGAAGACCAACUACUUUCGCAUCACCGCAUUCAACCGCUUCCAAGCAGUCAUCCAGUUCCUCCGCAAGGAGCUCAACUUUAAGCCCACCGACUCUCUCUUCUUGUACAUCAACGCCUCGUUUAGCCCUGCACCCGACGACACCGUCGGCAAUCUAUACAGGUGCUUCGGCACGGAAAACCACCUUAUAGUCAACUACAGCACCACCGCCGCAUGGGGCUAG